GCAGCCAGCCGUUUUGAGCAAUCCACCACCAUUAUUCUCCGAGCUCUCUUGCUGUCGAAGGGUUGUCGAGCUACUCGUUCGCUUACGUGACCUGUUCUAAACGCUACUGGAAGCGUCGAUUAAUACGCAGCUUUCGCGGUGAAGUAACGGUGCUAGGGCGGUACCUCGUUACCGACCUCCACUGUGCUCCUUCUUUCGUGUACGCCUCUCGCUUCCCACGUCUCGAGAGCGUUUCGUGGCCACCGGACAAUUUAUAAUAACAAGCAUUCUUGAUAUUAUAUAUCCCUACAAGAGUCUAAGCAAACGAGCCGAUGGAAGGGGACUGCGAGCACGAGCUUGCGAUCGAUCCUGCGAUCGAUUUGGAGGAGGAGCGGCUGGACAGCAGUCGCACGAUGCGUCGCAUCGUCGUCGCAGUGGACGGCAGCGACGGCAGCGACAUGGCUGUGCACUACGCGCUGCAGCGAAUUGCCGACCCGCUCACGGACCACCUCUUUCUCCUGCACGUCAAGGCGGCUCGCCACUCGCCAUCAGAUUCCUUCGCGCCGGCCUCUCCGUCCUGCCUGCCGUCGUCGCCUCGCGCCUCUUCCUUCGCACGACGAGGCGACGCCACCGCCGCCGCUCUACCCUCCACCGGCCGCUUUUCGCGGAAGCGGCGCCAUGGCUCCCCGCCGAGCGCCGCCGUGUGGCCGUCGGCGGCUCUAUCGCAACCCUUAUCGCGACCCGCCGACUCGUAUCAUGCCGCCGACGCUUCGCCGGCUUCCCUUGGCGCCUCCACCGACCGCGCCGCUGCUCUCCUCGCCUCGUGCUUUCUCGACGCCGCCGCAAAUCCCGCCGCCUCUCCCACCACAUCCGCUGCUCUCACGCCCUGGCAGUUGCCCCGCGCUCCAGUUAGACGGUUCAGCGAAAGCGGUGCAGCCAGCGGCGGUGGCGCAGAACCUCUGCGGCAUGUGCGGCGGCGGAGCGUGGAUGGGCUGUGCAUGGGCGGAAGCGCCGCAGGCGCGCGGAGCGGAAACUCCCCCCCGCCCCCUGCACCGGAGCUGGCGGAUAUGCGCAAAGCGGCGGUUGCGGCGGCGCUGAUGCUGGAAAGCGCGUUCGAGUCGUCGGGAGGCGCCGCGGCAACGUGCGCAGACGCUACUGUUGCAGGUGGGGGUGACAUGAAUGCGAAAGCAGCAGCAGCAGCAGCAGCAGCAGCAGCAGCAGCAGCAGCAGCAUUAUCAUCCGCCGCUUCGUGGAAACGCGUGCAGGAGGGAUCGGAAGAGAGCGCGACGACAACGACCGCUGAUAUGAGGGCCGGUUUAGUAGGUAGGCAUGAGGUGGCCCCACCUGCUGUGUUCCGGUUUCCCGGCGGUUCCGGCGGCGACAAGCGCGCGGGGUUGGCAAGAGCGAGGGACUGGGGGAGCAGGUUCCGCGGGGCAGAAGCGCACGAGGCCGCUGGUGGCGCGUGGUGCGGCGGAAACGGCGGAAGUGGCGGGUCGGUGAGGGCGUGCGGACGUAGGCUGGGAAGACCCUUGAGGCAGCAGCAGCAGCAGCAGCACAUGGACUUAAAGGUGGCGAGGUGGUUGGAGCGGUUUGCUCGGGAGGCGGAGCAGAUGGGCAUCGCCUGCGACACUGCUGUGGUCGAGGCCUCGGACCCCUGUGAGGCAGUGCUUUGCCGGGUGCAUGCAGUGCACGCCCACCUCCUCAUUCUCUCGGGCCACCUCGCUGACUCUGCUGGCGGCGCUGCUGCCUUCGCUUCUGAUCCCCACGCUCCUCCUCCUGCUGCUGCUGCUGCCGCCGCUGCUGCUGCUGGUGCAGCAGGUGCAGGAGGGGUAGGGGCGGGUGUGGUAGCCAGAAUCAACAGGGAGAGCUUGGAGGAGGGAGGUGGUAUGAGAGUGGGGUUGGGAGUGGGCGUGCGUGGGGCGGGAGGUGUGCAGAGUGGGUGUCCCGUGCUGGUGGUGAGGCCAGGCAGGAGCAGGAUCCGGGACCGCUCUAGCUUGAUGGAGUUCUGAGGUCGCUUUGCUUUUGAGGCGCCUCACAGUGGGUCCUAGUGCAGACAGUUGUGCUAGCUUGAUGGAGUGUUCUGAGUGGACUGAGUGCGCUUUGGGUGGCAGGCAGGCAGGCAGCUCACCUUAGGGUGAGCUCGGAGAGCACAGUAGAGUGAAGCUAUGUACCUUUUGAAAUGCUCAAUCAGAUAUACAGUGCUAUGGCGCACUUGUUGGACUGAACACAUACCGGUAGUUUCCGUUGCCCUUCGUUGCAUUUGUUGUGUAUGCUUUUGAUUUAUGCAUUAAGUAAUA